GAGUUUUGUUUUGAUUUCAGUGCAUUGAAUUUAUGAAAUUAUGUCGUUAUUACAGCAAAUUCCUUACAAGGAAUAUGCAAAUGUAAUCGGAGCACUAACACUAGAGCAGUGUGAAGUAAUAUCAACUUUGGCUAACGUAGAAGUAAGGUUUACGAAAUCAGCUGCACCUGGUGAGGUUAUAUUGAAAGCUUUAGACAGAAAUGGAUGUUCCCUGCAAAAGUACAGACAACUCCUCAAAACCGCACUCAACAGAAAAAUCGUCAAAACUUACUACAAACCGGAAACUAAAGUUGCCAUUCUAAUAGCCAAUGACAAAUAUCAGCAUUUAUCCAAAUUAAUCACUCCUUCUAUAGACUGCGACUCACUAGCCACUCAUUUUAAAGAUAUGGGUUUUAUUGUAGUAUCUAUAAGAAAUACUGUCAGUAAUGAUUUAAAAGGAAUUCUGGCGGAACUAUUUGAUUUGAUACCAGAGAAUAGUUAUUGCUUUGUCUUCUAUGCCGGCCAUGGUUGUGAACUUUGCAACACAAAAUGCAUGCUUGGUGUGGACUGCCCCCCGGAAGACAUCCAAUUGGGCCACUGUGUGACAGAGAACUUUGUGCUCCGAGAGGUCAACAAAUGUAAACCAGAGUUGAGCAUCAUGAUCAUGGAUAUGUGCAGGCUUAGUUUAAAUAGGAAUGCAAACCCUGAAAUCUUCAACGCCAUAUCCAAUGUUGAAGAAUAUACCAUCCAUAAGAACUCCCUUGUUGCCUACUCAACUCAAUCAGCUCAUUCAGCAUAUGAAGUUUUACAGAUAGAAUGCUCCCAAAGCUUGGACAAUGUUACAUAUGAAUUGAAACCAGGCGACACAGAGAAAAUAGUGCCACAAGGUAGCCAGUAUGUUAAUGCAUUGUGUGGCAGACUGGCAGAUGGUUUGGAUGUCAGUUCCUUGUUGGAUAAAGUUCAUGAAGAUGUUGAGACUUCUAUGAAGAAACAAAGACCUAUUAAACUUCAAUGUGGAGUUGUAAAAAGGUCAUUGUAUGACCCUGCUUCAGGUGAUAAUGCAGAAUUAAUCAAUAAACUUCAAGAACUUUGCAAGGUUUAUGAAGAGCAUUGUAUACUUUUCUGAAGAAAAUU